AGCAUGGCCCCUCAUGAGGGCGCCUGGUCGCAGGCGGCGGCUCAGUCUGCUUCCUCGCUGCGUCUCCGCUCACAUCCACGGCGCUGCCGCCGGAAUCCAUCAUGUUUUAUCUGCUGGUGCUUUUUUUUUUCCACAUGACGCUUUCUGAUGUGCCAUGAAACGAUUCAGCCCGCUGCAGAUGUGAGAUGAUCUGCUUUCGCCAUGGCCAAAGGUCCGUUUCCGUGGGGGGUCCUCAGAAAGCCUCUGAUCGUCCAGGCCAGAUUCUCCUACCUCCACAUGAAGUACCUGUUCUUCUCCUGGCUGGCAGUGUUCGUGGGAAGCUGGAUAGUCUACGUGGAGUACUCAUCCUACACAGAGCUGUGUCGGGGUCACGACUGCAGAAAAUCCAUCUGCGACAAAUACAGGAAAGGAGUAAUCGACGGCUCAGCCUGCAGCAGUCUGUGUGAGAAGGAAACGCUUUAUCUGGGGAAGUGCUUCACGGCCAGACCUCACAGCCAGGUUUAUUCGGGAAACUGGGGAGAUUUACAGGGAGUUAUUAAGUGCCAGAUGGAGGAGGCCCCCCAUUAUGAUCUUGGAGAUGAGAUGGAGCCAAGAAAGGAGGCUGCUCCUGCUGCUUUCAAUAAGCCCACCAAGGGGACCUCGGUGGAAAAGUUCAGAGAGAUGAUAAUCAGCCACCUGAAGGCUAAAGUGGGGGAUCAAGCCAACCUUGCAGACCUGGCGACCCAGGUAUUGUCCUUUACAGACUCCAAUAAAGAUGGCCACAUCUCACUGCCGGAGGCCCGCUCUACAUGGGCCCUGCUUCAGCUCAAUGAGUUCCUACUGGCGCUGGUCUUGCAGGACCAAGAUCACACACCGAAGCUCCUUGGCUUCUGUGGAGAUCUGUACAUGAUGGAGAAGGUGCCGUACUCGCCGCUGUAUGGGAUAAGCCUGCCUUGGAUCAUCGAGCUGUGGAUUCCCGCCGGUCUACGGCGCAGCAUGGAGCAGUGGUUCACCCCCUCCUGGCCGCACAAAGCCAAGAUCUCCAUCGGACUGCUGGAACUGGUCGAGGACAUUUUCCACGGCACCUAUGGCAGCUUCCUCAUGUGCGACGUUAGGACUACCACCUUCGGCUACAACGAGCGGCACGACUUCAAGGUCACGGACGCCCGCUACAUCAUCCCUGAAGCCACCUUCCAGGAGAGGAUCAGACAGCAGCGCUGCGACGUAGACGAGGACUGUCUCCACGGGACUGACUGCCUCACCAGCUGUGACCUCACCAAGCAUCGCUGCACACCCGAGGUCACCAGGCCAAACUUGGCAAAGGCCUGCGACGUCCUGAAGAACUACGUCCUGAGAGGAGCUCCCUCUGACCUAAGCGAUGAGCUGGAGAAACAGCUCUAUGCCUGCAUGGCGCUGAAAGGUUCCGCAGAACAGAUGGAGAUCGAGCAUUCCCUGAUUCUGAACAAUCUAAAGACUCUGCUGUGGAAGAAGAUCUCCCACACGAAGGAUUCCUGAACAUGGCGUCUGAUCUUACUGCUUCCUGAAAAUGGACAAUCACUUUCAUAGGGGAAGAACACUAUUUAUAUUAUCUGUAUGCAGGAUUUUAAAUCUAAAGCGGUUUGUUUGGGCAUUUUAAUACCAGAUAUUCCACGGACUUAAAGGUGCAGUAGGAGAUCUUUUCUGACACAUUUUUUACCACGUGGCUUAAAGAUUUCCCUACAGCCGCUUAGGAAGCAAUGAAAUAGAAGGUCUGGGAGUGAAACUAAAAUAAAUGGUCCCC